CAUGCUAGAAGUCUUCGCCUCUGAUGAUAAAUUAGUAGAUUGUAUAAGUAUCAGUGUGGAAAAUGCAAGCAGAAGCAAUAGAACGGUGCAGGACCAAAGUGACUUUAUAUUUGAGGUCCUCAAGAAAUUGAUAAUUACCAAUAUCCGAGCCAAUUACUCUUUUGGAGAGCAAGGCCGUAUUGCAGGUGUUCUUCACAUCAUGUUGGAAGAGAAAAAGCCUAUUAAGCUUACUAGUCGUUUCGUGGAAAACUUCGAAGGAUCACUCCUUUCAAACUCUGGUAUAAAGCGAGAAACCCACGAGUUAAUUACCAUUAGCGAUGACGCAGACAGUGAUUCUGAAAACGUUGUCAGGAAAAUUAUUGCAGAUAACCACCCUGGAACCUGUACAAGGAGUCGAACGAAGAGACUUAGACAAAGCGGAAUUUCAGCUGGCACUAAUUCAACAAGCGUGCGAACUGCAUUAGAUUUUAACUAUAGACAUUUAGAUGCAACUUUUAAUGACGAAGUAGACUUACAUUCUUUUUCAUAUAAUGAAGCUGGCGAACUGGCAAAUGAACUUGAAGCAGCGUCAAGUGAUAGUCAAACUUCAUCAGAGCCCAGAAAUAGUUUUCAAGAUUCAGAGUGGCUACCAACAACUUUAAAGCAUCAGGAGAGUAGUGUCUACAAGUCUUUGGUAUCGGGAUUAACUUGCCUUGAUUGUGAUAAGGUUUACUGCUCAAUUGAUGAAUUUAGUAAACACUUAAUUUCAUAUCAUCUUCCUCAUAUUGAAAGUAAAAACCCGGAAAUUUUUAUACAGCAAAAUGAAAAUUGCUAUUCUUGUAAACUUUGUAAGCAGAAUUUUCUUCAGAAGUGUAAACUUAUGAUUCAUAUUUUCCAAAACCAUCUCAUUUCAAAACGAACUAACAUACAUUGUCCUGUAUGUGGUAAGGAGGGAUCGACAUCUGUAAUAAUAACUCAUUUAAAUCAUCUUCACUUGUUUAGAAAGAAAUGUCAUGUAUGCAAACAAUACGUCAAGAGGGGAGACGACUAUGUCAAACAUUUUAUAGAUGAACAUUCCGAAAAGAUUAAAGGGUGUCGAGAUGAUUUUAUUGCAAGAGAGAUGAGGUCAGCAAUAGCUUUCUUUCGUAAGAAUAAACUACCAGAUAAAGUAAUGGAUACUGUCGACCAGUCACCUAGCUGA